AUGGAAAAGUACUAUAGUAUAAAGAACGUUUGUAGAAAAAGCAAGUGGUCUCUCUCUCUCUCAGAAUCUAGCAGAUUUUUUGGCAGCAUAUACAUUUUGCGUCGAGCUGAAGUGGCAGUCAUAAAGCGAGCAUCAUGGCCUAAAAUAACACACCUUGCUGUCUUGUUCCAAAAGCAAGGCUUUCAUAAGAUAUUAAGUCUGGCCCAAGUUGUCAAGGUAUAUAAUUCGUCCAGCCCAAUGAUGUUUGGCACAAAGAAUAUCUGGGCUUAG